UAAGAGCUCACAAUAAGAGCUUUAGAAUCCUGUUGGCCUUCAGGCAAACUUUGCUUUGUUUGUUAGAGGGACAGAGACAGAUAGAAAAAUGCGAAAGUCGUAGGGGAUGGGUGGGGCUACAUAAACAAGGAAGAAGGCUUUGCUUGGCAAACCUAGCAGGUUACAGGUACACUCACCACAUUCAGGAUCUCUAAGAGUGGUUGCUGAUCUGCAGUCAGGAACACAGUCCUUCCACCCAGAAACAUCUGCUUGAUACAGAGAAACUGCAAAGUUACAGACCUGACUGGGCAGAAUAGAAACAUUCUGGAACUUGGUAUUGGCAGGGGAUCUCCCCAUCUUUCUCUUCCUGUUUUGAUAUCCUGCUGUGUGCCAGUCUUGGUUCAGCAUGAAGCUGCUGUCUGUCCUGGUGUUCCUGAGCGUGAGUAUGAUGGGGUGGUUCAUGUUCCAGGCCGUCAAGCAGGAGCUGAGGCUGCGGGAGAUGAGAAGCAGCUUUGCACUAGGCUCCAAUCAGAUGAAGCAGAAGGAGGACCGCAUCCACCAGAUCAAGAUGAAGAUCACAGAGCUGAAUGAGCAACUGAAAACACUCCAAAACAAAAUGGAUGAGUUGCAAAAAAAGAAACAAGAAUCCAUCAAAAGCACAGAGGCACUGGACCUGAACCUGCAGAAAUGUAAUGAAGAAAAGACAUCCCAUGAGCAGAAGAAGACAAAGGUGACUGAGGACCUAAAGAAACUACAAGCGGAUAAUGAAGCAAAGAAGACGACCAUGUUGGCAGAGAUCCAGGGGCUGAAGCAGAACAUCCUGGAUCGGGACCACGCAGUGUGUUCAUUUGUGGACAAAACCAACGAGGAGGGAAUGAAGCUGUGUAAAUUAUCUGGAGCAAAAUGAAGAAACCUCCCCUUCAAUAAGACACAGGGCGUCUGGAUGUGCCACCGGUUUUGCAGGUUUAAGUCAACCGUUCAAGCUGCCCUCAGUGCUCACCUUGGGGCUGUCAGACCAGAUAACACACGGCGUGUCUACAACAAACUCUAAUUGCCCUGGAUAGUUCAUGGAGCAAACUUUUGAAACAAGUUGCAGAACAAAGUAUCAUUUUAAAAUGAUCCUAAAUUUGGAAUGGAUUUCCAUACCUUUGGCUAGCUUACUGUUAUUUUGUUAACCAAAUUCCUUUUGGUUACUGCAUGUAAAGGGGCGGGCCUUUCCAUGUCCCACCCCCUCCUCACGUGUAAUGGAGUAACAUCAAUGAUUAACUCAUUCAUCGAGAAAGGAUUUUGCAUUUUACCCUUUGUACUUACAUGUAAAGCAAUGUCCUUAUAUAUAUACAGUACCAGUUAAAAGUUUGGACACAUUUUCCCAUUAUAAAUGUUUUAUGUUUUCAAAAAGGUAAAUGUUUAAGAAGGUAAACAUGUAUGUAAUGUGCUAUGGAAUGACUUUAAUGGAAUGAACUCUACAGGUAUAAUGGGUGUUGGUUUCUACCAUGCUGCAUUCUGCUGUAGAUGAGUUGACAGACAGGUUCAGUCACUUCUGGGUUACACUCUUUGUUUGUAAAUGGUUUUGCCCUGCUGGUUGAGUUCUGUUAUGUUCUGCAUUCUCUCCUGGUCCAGAAGGCCCCGCAGGGCUGUCUUGCGCACCUUAACAACACAACAACACAUCAGACAACGGAAGGAAACUGCUGGAAUAAAUAACUAUCAAUCCAUAAAGCUGCAAUAGAUGAUAGAUACAUUCUCAAAUAAAUUCCAGUAUGAGAGCCA